GCAGAUUGAGAGCGCGCUGAGGAGCUUGACGUAUAUUAUUCCAGGUUUGAUUCUGUCCAUCUCUCUCUCCUCCGCUAAAGGUGGCAGCUCAAGCUAACUGUUGCUGCUUCACCACAAAAAAGGCCGCUUUCGCGAUGCUGAAAUCGCCUCCGAGUCGAUUCACUCGGGCGUCCAGCUGCUGUCGCUCUACCACGACGGCAUCCUCUCGCAGGCAGUGUCCAAGCUGCCGACGCCGCCAGUCCGGUCGGCUCAUGCGCGCUACACGCGGUACUGGACGCAGAAGAGCAAGACGUACCGCAGGAUAGCCAUGGUGCUGCAGAUGGUCGUCUACACGGAGCUGCUGUGCGAAAUGAGCGCCAAGCGGCGCGGCGGCGAAAAGUCCCGGUGGAACGUCAUCGUGCUGCUCGAGGCCAUCAAGGCCUUUUGCCGCCUCAUCCUGCUGCGCGUGACGCGGUCGCGCCCGCUCGUCACACCGGUGCUGCCGGAGCGAGAGCCUAUUCCUGAGGACGACGAUGUCGACGAGGAUCUGGUGACGGACAGGAGCGAGAGCGAGCUGAUGGACGAGACUUCGCCCAACGGAUCCACCGUCCUCGUCAACAGCAGCACGCCGCCGAAACCUGCGUACGAGAAGGAAUGGACAAUGCCGCGGACGGGCAUGAGCUUGCCGUCGUUGCCCAACCCUGGCGAUGUUGGUUCGUACCUCCUGGGGCGCGUCCUGACAGCCGACGACAUUAAACCUGCCAACAAGCUCCUAAACACUCUGCAAGGAGGCGGCCAGUUUGCCGAGAUGCUGCACAUUCUGACGCCCUUGAUCUACGCAGUGGCGCUGGCUAGGACAAAGAACAAGAAGUCGUGGACGCCGUGGCUAGUGGGUGUGACCGUCGAAUACGUCGCUCGCCAGCUCCGCCAGCGCAGCCUGCGAACCUCGGCUCUGGAGCGAGACGAGUGGAACAAGAGAGGCUGGGCCAUGAUCUGGUGGAUGAUGCGCGGUGCCUUUUACGAGAACGUGACUAAGGGAGCCGUCAACGGGGUGACGAGCAGAAUGCCAGGCUUCAUCGCCGGAAUCCUACAGGACUACGAAUAUCUGUGGGAGAAUUACUACUUUAGCACGAGCGGCUGAUGGCUGUCGAGCUGGCCAUGGAGCGGUGGCGCUCGUUCAUCUUCUCUCUCGCUAUAUAACUUAUAUUGGUGCUACCGAAGCACAUGCGCAACUUUGUCUUAUCUUUUGGCGAGAUAUAUAUGUGAUACGGUUCGGUUCUGGUCUCGGAGCGAAGCGGAUAGGACUGGAUAGGGCUGGACCGGACUGGACUCAUCUGGAUUUGAGUGGGAAUGGCGUACAGGCUGUUGUUUCUAUAUAUGAAAGGGGUGGAAACUUGAGACAAUUCUUUUUAGCGGCUCCUUCUUGUCAGUACCAAGGCACAGAGGAAGGCCGCUGUAAUACAGGCACAGGCAUCGUGAUGGAAGCAUUUACAGACGACUCUGACGCAGCCGGCAUACGCGGAGAUACGAGUGGAGAGGGAGAUGGAUGUCAACCCGGGGAUUGGCUGGGGGUCCGCUUUGGCAGAUGCCGCGGCAUCACUGCGU